AUGCCCUCUUCCCUCACCCGGUCCCUCCCACGGGGGCUGACCGGCUCCUCACCCCGUCAACUCUCCCUCUCAACCUCUCUAGCUCCCACCUCUUUAGUCUCCUCCCGGAACUUUAGCUUCAAGAAAGACCCCCCCACCAAAGAAAAGGUAAUCAUCCUCGGCUCCGGCUGGGCAGGCUACUCCCUAGCCCGCACCCUCUCCCCCACCAAAUACGACCGCAUCAUAAUCUCCCCCCGCCCCUACUUCGUCUUCACCCCCCUCCUCGCCUCCACCUCGGUCGGCACCCUCGAGUUCCGCACCAUCCUCGAGCCCGUCCGCCGCCUCCCCGGCGGCAACAUCCACUUCUACCAAGGCUGGGCAGACGACAUUGACUUCUCCCGCAAGACCAUCACCGUCGAGACCAACGCCGCCGAGGAAGCCGCCUCCAAAACUGUCGUUCCACCCCCUGGAGGGCAAAUCCCGCUCCGGGACAAGGGAGAGGUUAUCGAGGUCCAGUACGACAAGCUGAUCAUUGCGUGCGGAGCCUACAGCCAGACGUUUGGGAUUGAGGGGGUACGGGAGCAUGCCCAUUUCCUGAGGGAUAUAGGUGAUGCUAGGAGGGUGAGGCUACGGGUGUUGAGCCUGUUUGAGCAGUGCUCUUACCCCAGCAGCAGCAGCCCCAACAGCAAUGGGCAUGUUCUUACCGAUGAUGACAAGAGGGCUUUGUUGCACUUUGCCGUUGUGGGAGGCGGUCCGACGGGGAUCGAAUGGGCGGCUGAGCUCCACGAUUUUAUCCGUGACGAUUUGGGAAAGAUGUACCCUGAGCUGAUGCGCUUUGUCAAAAUCACGGUUUAUGAUGUCGCGCCAAAGGUGCUGCCGAUGUUUGACAAGGCUUUGGCGGAUUAUGCGAUGGGGCAUUUUGCCAGGCAGGGGAUCGAGGUCAAGACGGAGCACCAUCUGGAAAGGAUCAGGCUUGCGGAUGGGAAGUUGGGGAGACGGCACGGGGCGGUGCGGAUCAAGAUUAGGGAAGUCGAGGAGAAUGGAGGGGAGGUUGGGGCGGGGAUGGUGGUUUGGAGUACGGGGUUGAUGGCUAAUCCUCUGAUUGCAAAGUUGGCUGAGAAGGAGGUGGUGGUGAGUAAGAGUAAGAAUCCGAUGACGGGGGAGGUGCUGGAGAGGAGGAGGUUGGUUAGGGACAAGAGGAGUGGGGGGUUGGUGGUGGAUGGUUAUAUGAGGGCUUUGAGCGUGGAUGCUGAUACUAAGCCUGAGGAAGGAAAUGAGUUGGAGAAGAAGCCGUUGGAUGGGGUGUACGUCAUUGGAGAUUGCAGUUUUAUCGAGAAUGACCCCCUCCCAAAGACGGCGCAGGUUGCUGCUCAGGAGGCGCAGUAUCUGGCUAAGGAGCUGAACAAGGGGAUUUCACCAGGUCAGGACGGGAAGGAGUUCAAGUUCAGGAAUUGGGGGACGAUGACGUAUCUGGGUGGGUGGAAGGCCAUUCACCAGAGCAAGGCCGAUGAGCUCAAGGGGUGGGUGGCAUGGGUCCUUUGGAGGGGAGCCUAUCUCACCAAGGCGAUGUCGUGGAGGAAUAAGUUGCUCGUGCCGAUUUACUGGGUAAUCUCCUGGAUCUUUGGACGGGGUAUCAGCCGAUUCUAAUUUUUGUUGUUCUUUUGCGGCAUGGAGUUGUGGGCUGGUUGUUCUGGCUUUGGCUUUCUGCAUUGGGGAGGGCGGCAUAUGCGUAGUUGUGCAUAGAUAUCAAAGUGUUAUGAGCCCUAGUCUCGUGCCCUGCAUUGAGUCACUUUUAUAUUGCUCAGAUAACUGGUGAUGGCAACGCCUCGUUUUGGACUCUAGAGUCAACCUGAAGAUAUGGGAGCUUGGUAACUUGGCGUCACUCUCAGCCAUUUCCAUUAGCUCAUCACGUCAGAGUUCCACAUGGAGUCGAGGUGGAAAAUCGGUCAUGUCAAAUCAAAAGUCUAUUUUCAGCGCUAUUUUUUUUUUUUUGUCUGCCAGAUUCCAACCCUAACCCUUCCUAUGCCGUGGCAUCACCACCACCAUCUUUCUCCUUGCGGCCUUGUAUUUUCUUCUCAUCAUCUUUACCGUCUCCAUCAUCCUUCUUCUUCUCCUCCUCCUUGCCUUUAUCAGCCUUCUGAACCUUGACCUUCUCGUCCUUUUCAUCAGCAUGGUCCAGUCGAAUGCUCUUCAAUGUCUCACUGAUCCCCAUCAACGUCUUCUCCACCCCAGCAGCAGCUUGUUUCGUCUCCGCAACCGCGGCAUCCUGCCAUUUUUCCCUCGUAAACUCGAUAUCAAAGAUCCUCCCAGACGGAUCCUUGAUCACGGUACCCCUUGCCCCUCUUGCGCCAGCUGAAGAAGGACCCGCACUCGAUGGACCAGCUAGAGUCAGACUUGGACCACCAGAAGAAAGUUCCCUCUCCAUCAAACGCCUAAAACUAGGACUGGCCACCUUCUUUGGGGUCUUGUUCGUAUCCAUAGUGCCAACAGAGGACCUGAGCUGUGCUUCUACCGGUGGAGGGGGAGGGGGGCGUGUAGGAGUCGGGAUGAAGACCCCCUCGGAAUUUGCCCUGGGCUUGGGAGAGGCAGAAUCCAGGAGACGGGUGCGGAUGGCGGAGUCGAUGUGGUCGCCGUGACUCUUGUUUCGUUUGUGUGGGGCGGGUGUUGAUGCCUCCUGCUUUGGCUCUUGGUUCUGCUGCUCCUCCAUCGCAUCGAGCUUUUUAGUGACUGGCCGAAAGGGGAGGCUCACGGGGAUGCUGAUGCCGCCUGACCCGGGAGGAGUGGUGGGAUGGGGUGAUUUGGGAGUGUUAUCAUCUUCGGGAUGAUUGUUGGGUGGUGGUAGAAAGUCGGCGAUGGGGGUUGGGGCUGUUGUCUUGUGUUCGUCAAUUUCUUCCUGCGUCAUAAACGCCUUGAACCGGCGGACCUGGGGAAGGAAACUGGCAGUGCCCGGUGUUCCGGAGGGAGUAGGAGCGGCAGUUGACGUGGGCGGCGUUGGUUCUGGUUGAGGGGGUAAAGGAGGAGAGCGCGAUUCGUGCCCGAUUGGCCGGUUUCUAUUGUUGUCGUCAUCCUGGGACUCUGUAAGUGUGAGAUAUCUCAUGCUGUUCCUCAUCAGUGCCAAAAGCUCAGGGUCAGGCUUGUCAGAAUCAUCAGAGUGGCAACAAAUCCUGCGAACUGGCCGGCCAAAGUAUAGGUGAAGGCUAUCUCUGGAGCGCGGACCUAAGGAAUGACGAGAGUCCACCAAGACAGUGCCUGUGGAAGGACAACAUGUUGUCUCCCAAGAUGACUGUUCUCGGUUUGCUGCAAGUGACCAGUAUAAGUUGGGAGGCAAAGAAAACAAGCUUGUUGCAGUUUGUUCUUGCGUCAAAUAUCACAGGUCGAUCAAGCCUUCUUCUUGACGCCUAUCUUGGUAGGCACGGCGUCGAUUUUGGUGUCGAGAUAUUGGCCUGCUCGGGCCUCUUUGAGCCAUGCAACCUCAACUGGCUUGACGUGCUCUCGCACAAAGUCCACAAGACCUUUGGCCUGCGGAGCAUCUUCUCGCAGAGCUAUGCUGGAAACUCGAGGGAUGCCCAGGGCUGCGCUCAGGUUGCCCUCACAUGCCUUGGAGAUACCAACCAACCUGACAGCCUUUUCUGGCGGCUGAGACCGAGAAGCGAGCGCAACCAUCUGGGGGAAAUGGCAAUGAAACGCGGACGACUGACCAGACCGGGCCACGAAGACGACGCUGUACGGCUUCGCGUCCUUGCCAGACAUGGUUUGGAGAGUCCUGGAGAUAUGAGACAGGCCCACGUCUACAUAUCCAGCAAGCUCCGGAGUUGGGGGAACAUGGUCUUCAUCUUGGGCACGCUUGCGUUUUCGAUCUCUCAUGCCUUUUGAUGGCGUGACAAAUAAUCUUCGAUGAGUCCCAAGAGGCGAAAGCAAACUGAAGGCGAGGUUAGUCAGAGACUUGAGAUGAGACAUCUAGAGUCAUGGGUACGAGAGAAACAACGCACUGGCAGAGGAGCUCCAAAAUUACAUCUUGGUCUUCUUGACUUAUUUGUGGCCUGUGGUGGUACCGGUCAGCAUACAGG